UGCUCGACGAGGACGAUGCAAUCAUAUAUUUAGUGACGGCGGAACGAACUUCAAAGGAGCAUAUCGAGAGCUCUCAAACUAUAUGCAAAAUGCGCUGAUUGAGGAACAAAUAAAAUGGAGCUUUAAUCCCCCUUCUGGUCCACAUUUUGGAGGACUUUGGGAAUCCGGAAUAAAAUCCGUUAAAUCGCACUUGCUUCGAAUCAUAGGUGAUCAAAUUCUUACUUAUGAGGAAUUUUACACAGUACUUACGCAAAUAGAAGCUCUUCUCAACUCGCGCCCGCUUUGUCCACUUAGUAAUGACCCGAAUGACAUAUCGGCGUUAACGCCGGGACAUUUUCUCACCUUAGCGCCAUUGACUGCGUUACCUGAACCGGACUUAUCACACCUUUCAAUGGGAAGACUUUCACGUUGGCAGCUUUUGACGCGUAUCCACCAAGAUUUUUGGAAACGGUGGCACUUGGAAUAUUUAAACACGUUACAACAACGUAAGAAGUGGUUCGAUAAAACCACCGAUUGUCUCUCAAUAGGUACACUCGUACUUAUCAAAGAUGAUCAGCUUCCUCCAUUGCGCUGGCGUUUAGGACGAAUCGAAAAAUUGCACCAUGGUGCUGAUAAAAUAGCUCGAGUAGCUAGUGUCCGUACAACUCAAGGUAUACUGCAGAGGCCGGUGGUUAAGUUAUGCCCUUUACCACUUCAAUAAUUUUUUUUUUUU